UGUUGGCUGGGCAGACAGGCUGAGUGCAAGCUGGUUUUUCUGAGUGAAGCGUUGGUUUAGACAAACAAGAGAAAGUCUGCAUUGUGUCAUGAAUAUGAUCAGAGCUACAGGCCUUAUUCCCAUGAGGAAGAAGUGGAAAGGGAUGCAACUUUCAGCUCCUGUGAGCAGCUACAAAAUACAGUUCAAUGACAUAAUCAUUUUUAUUGUUGAGAAGAAGAUGGGAAUGAGCAGAAGGACAUUCCUGAUGGAUUUAGCAAGAAGAAAAGGCUUCAGGGUAGAAAAUGAGCUAAGUGAUUCUGUCACACACAUUGUGACUGAGAAUAAUUCUUGCGCUGAGAUCUUGAAAUGGCUACAAGCACAGAAGGUGGAUGACAGUGCGAGAUUCAGGAUCCUGGAUGUCUCGUGGUUGACAGCCUGCCUGGAGGUGGGAAGGCCGGUGGAUUCAGAGAAAUAUCGGCUUGUGGGUGAAAAGUGUUCUGCUACUUCAUCCAUGCAGUCAGUCCUUGGUACAGAUAGUGUCUCCCAAUAUGCCUGUCAAAGGAGGACAACUUUAAAUAAUUACAACAAAAAAUUCACGGAUGCGUUUGAAGUACUGGCUGAAAACUAUGAGUUCAGAGAAGAUGAAGGGCAUUGCCUUGCAUUUAGAAGAGCUGCUUCUGUGUUGAAAUUUCUUCCUUUUGCUGUCGUUAGAGUAAGUGAUGUUGAAGGAUUGCCUUGGAUGGGAGAACAAGUCAAAGGGAUCAUAGAGGAUAUAAUAGAAGAUGGGGAAAGUCCUCGAGUGAAUGCCGUGUUAAACAGUGAAAACUAUAGAUCAAUAAAACUCUUCACUUCUGUUUUUGGAGUGGGACUGAAGACAUCUGAGAAGUGGUACAGGAUGGGUUUCCGGACACUGGAAGAAGUAAAAUGCGACAAGAACUUAAAACUGACAAGAAUGCAAAGAGCAGGAUUACUACACUAUGAAGACCUUGUUAGCUGUGUAUCUAAGGCAGAGGCAGAUGCAGCAAGCCUAAUUGUUAAGGAAUCUGUGCGGAGAUUUUCCCCCAGUGCUUUGGUAACUUUGACUGGUGGUUUCAGAAGGGGCAAGAAGGCUGGACAUGAUGUAGACUUUUUGAUCACAGUUCCAGGAUCAAGUCAGGAGGAUGAAUUGUUACACCUAGUGAUUGACUUUUGGAAAAAGCAGGGAUUGGUCUUAUACUAUGAUCUCAUUGAAUCUACAUUUGAGAAGAAAAAGUUGCCGAGCAAAAAAGUUGAUGCUUUAGAUAAUUUUCAGAAGUGCUUUAUAAUUUUAAAAUUACCCAAGGGAAAAGUGGACUCUGACAACUCUGUUAUAUCAGUUGCUACUGCUGAGGAAGGAAAGAAGGACUGGAAAGCAAUUCGUGUGGAUCUCGUUGUAAGCCCCUUUGAACAAUAUGCAUUUGCACUCUUAGGGUGGAGUGGAUCUAGGCAAUUUGAACGUGACCUGCGUAGAUAUGCUACCCACGAAAAGAAAAUGAUGCUGGAUAAUCAUGCGUUAUAUGAUAAAACCAAGAAAAUUUUCCUGAAAGCUGCAAGUGAGGAAGAAAUUUUUGCACAUCUUGGUUUGGAUUACAUUGAACCAUGGGAAAGAAAUGCAUAGAGUGACUUGUUAAUGUGCUAUUACGAAUUCACAGCAUUUAUUA